AAGGAGGCAGACGAUGAUGAUGAUGGAGGAGGAUCGGAGGAGUUGAGCUUCUCUCUGGACUAAAUCUCUCAAUCAGAUCAACAACGAGCUGCAGAGGAACCACAAACCAGCAGAGAACCACAAACCAGCAGAGGAACCACAAACCUGUAGAGGAACCACAAACCUGUAGAGGAACCACAAACCAGCAGAGGAACCACAAACCAGCAGAGGAACCACAAACCUGUAGAGGAACCACAAACCAGCAGAGGAACCACAAACCUGUAGAGGAACCAGAGCAGAAGGUGUCUUCUUGUCUUCUCUGAACCUGGAGGAUAACUCCACAGCUGACUGAUGGACGGAGAUCUCUGCUGAUGUUUCCUCCUGAUGCUCAGAAGUCUCGUUCUUCUUUGCUGUUCCUUCUGAACUGAUCUGAAUCUUCUUGCUGCUGAAGAUGGAGGUGAUCCUGAGGACUUCUUCUCUGCUGCUGCUGCUCUUCUCUCUUCUUCUCCGUCCUUCAGCCUCCUCCUCCGGCUUCGACCAGGCCGCCCAGCCCCGCUUCCUGUGCACCCCGGUCCCCGUGGACGCCGACCCGUCCUGCUUCCCUGCGGCGGCGGGGCAUCAGAGCGCCCCCCCUGCUGGCUGGUGGGGGGCGAGCGAGGAGGCCAAGGCCACCAUCCUGGCGCUGAGGGAGAGCCUGGUGCAGCAGAAGGAGACCAUCCUGGACCAGAGGGAGACCAUCCGGGAGCUCACCGCCAAGCUGGGCCUGUGUGAGGGCUUCGGCCACGACCGGCUGCACGCCGCGCCGCCGCACCACGGCCCCUUCCCUGACGACGGCCGCCACGGCAACCAGAAGGGUCACCAUGGAAACCUGAUACCAGACGCGCCGACGCACUACAGCGGUACGCGGGCUGACGCGGGAAACCAGCGGACGAAGGAGAAACAGCCGACGACACCCGGAGACAUUUCAUCAUCACCGGAACAGAUGGAGAGAAUGCUGCAGGCCCUGAAGGAGAGGCUGGACAACCUGCAGAAGAGGAACUCUUCCACCACCUACUCUAGCUCCCUGAAGGAGCUUCUGCAGAGGAAGAUCAGCGCUCUGGAGGACCAGCUGCAUCACCACAGCGCCACCCUCAGCGACCCCGGUCACCACGGAGAUGACGGAGACCACCAAGAUCACCAUGACGAUGAUGGACACCAUGACGGACACCACGACGACCACCACGAAGACGAACACCAUGACAACCACCAAGGCGACCAUGACGACGGACACCACGACGAUCACCAAGGCGACCAUGACGACGGACACCACAACGACGACGAUGGCGAACACCACGACGACCACUCAGAUCACUAUGACGACAGCCGCAACGACGACCACCAGGACACAGAUGGUGACCAUGACAACGGCCACCGCCACGACGACGACAGUGCAGAUCACCAUAGCAACGAAGUAGACAGCAGCCACAGCUACCUUCCACACACCGGAUACAGAACAUCAGGACCAAGGUCCAACAAACUGGAGACGAUGCUGAAUCAGCUUUACCUCACAGGUUCUAGCAGGAAGAAGCCUCAGAGUCCGGACGCCUUCCAGAUCAGCUUCCCGAUGAGGACCAACUACAUGUACGGCCGUCUGAAGAGGACGCUGCUGCAGGAGAUCUUCGCUCUGACUCUGUGUUUGCGGAUGAAGGCCGGAGCUGGACCUGGACUGGGAACCCCGUUCUCCUACUCGGCCCCGGGACAAUCCAACGAGCUGGUUCUGAUCGAGUGGGGCAACAACCCCUUGGAGCUGCUCAUCGACGACCAGACGGUGACGCUGCCGCUGUCUCUGAGCGAUGGGAAGUGGCAUCACAUCUGUGUGAGUUGGUCGACCCGGGACGGCCACUGGGAGGCCUACCAGGAUGGAGUCCAGAGGGGCUCCGGGACCAACCUGGCCCCGUGGCACCCAAUCCGACCCGGAGGAGUCUUCAUCCUGGGACAGGAGCAGGAUACCCUCGGAGGACGUUUCGAUGCCACUCAAUCGUUCGUCGGCGAGAUGUCCGACCUCCACAUGUGGUCUCACGUCCUGAGUGCCGCUGACAUCUACGACCUGGCGUCCUGCGGCAGCCACCUGAGGGGUGACAUCAUCGCCUGGGCGGAGUCGGAGGUGGAGCUUCAUGGGGGCGUGGCCAGGUAUCCCUUUGACCCCUGUCACUAAAGGCACCAACGAAGAAGAACAAAGACACUGGAGUCUGUCUGACUUCCUCUUUCUCAGAGUCGAUGCCUUCCUUUGAACCCAAACAGGAACCAGAGACUGAAACUGUUCCUGGAUCAGGUGUUAGCUUUUAGCUCCAGGUGUUUCCUGUUUGUCUGGAUGGGACAUGUCACGCUGAGGACAAUCAGAGCAGAUUCUGUUGUGGUGACAAAUCUUUAGCUUGAUAGAAACUCUGGAUUCUCUUCCUGAAGGUUUCCAUGGAAACAUACAGCUGACCGACCAAAGAAACUAGAAUUUAAUCAACUUUGUGUUUGUGUAUUUAGACAACGUUUGAGUUUCAGAGUUUUGCGUUUUUCUUGACUGUUGCCUCGAUUUUUUUUUUUUUUACCGCAGCAGGAAAUCUGCGACGGACAACUGGGAACUCUUUCUAUUAUUAUUAUUUUUUUUUUACAUGUUCUUUAAUGGACUCGUCACUUUUUCACUGAGUUCAGCUCCUCGCUGUGUUUCGUGCUCUAAAAUCCUGAAUCUGGCCUUGACUGUUUAUUUCUGUAAGUCAGAACUUUGCUGUUGUGUUGAAGUUUUUCUUUCAAAGGUGUGUAAAUAAAAAUUUAAAAGUUA